GCUCGCUCGUAUUUUUAGCUCUCCCCUGAGCUCUCUCUCUCUCUCUCUCAUCAAGCUCGCUCUCCCAAGCUCUCGCCAUGGCCAAGAACACAUGCAAGCUCUGCUCCCGCCGCUUCGCCAGCCCCCGCGCCCUCGCCGGGCACAUGCGCGCCCACUCCAUCGCCGCCGCCAAGUCGCAGAUCUCCUCGGCGUCGUCGGCCUCGACCUCCCUCGCGGUCGGCGGCGGCGGCGGUUUCGACGACGACACCGACGCCAAGAAGCCCGGCCCCAUCCAGGGGCACGUGCUGCGGGAGAAGCCCAAGCGCCGCGCCCGCCUCGCCGCGUCCGACUUCUCGGAUCGCGAGAGCGAGACGACGGACUACUACUCGCCCGACGCCAAGCGCUCGCCCGGCGGAUCGGGGGACGCCGAGCCGGUGAGCUCGGUCUCCGACGGGGACACCCCGGUGGAGGACGUCGCGCUGUCCCUGAUGAUGCUCUCCCGCGACUCCUGGCCCGCGCCGCCGCCGCCGGCGUACUACUCCGCCUACCGCGCCGACUCCGACGACGAGGGCGGCGCCCGCCCGGCUGCCGCGGCGCAGAAGCGGACGCGGUACGAGUGCCCCGCGUGCAAGAAGGUGUUCCGAUCGUACCAGGCCCUGGGGGGGCACCGCGCCAGCAACGUGCGCGGCGGCAGGGGCGGCUGCUGCGCGCCCCCGCUCAGCACCCCUCCGCCUCCCGCCCCGCUGCAGCCAUUGCUGGAAUGCGACGACGGCGGGGAGGAGGACCCGUCGAAGGCGCAGCCGCACGAGUGCCCCUACUGCUUCCGCGUGUUCCCGUCCGGGCAAGCUCUGGGCGGCCACAAGCGGUCCCACCUCUGCUCGGCCGCCGCCGCCGACCCCUCGAUCGCGAUGAAGAGCCUGGGCUUCAUUGAUCUGAACCUCCCCGCGCCCUUCGACGACGUGGAGCACUCCGCCGUGUCAGAUCCCUUCCUCUCGUCGAAGCCAGCGGGUUCCUGAAAGCAAAGCAGAGCAAGCAAGCCGGCUGCUUUGUCCCGCUCGCCUUUCGGUUGAUUCCAACGGAGACGAUUCGAGCCAAGGAUCAGAAGGGUAAGGAAGAAAGAGUUGCUGCUUAACAAAGCAGCAAGAAAGGUAAAGAAACCGAUAAAAAACAGGAUUGGCGACAUCUUUGCUUGGGUCGGGUAGUUCUUUUCUCCUAGUAUUUGUUCGCAAUCGCAUUGAUUCAAUCAGCUACAAUAUCGCUGUAGACCUCCGUUUCGUUCUGUCUUUUUGUUCGUUUCAAGCCAUGGCGCAGAGCAGCGACUAGGGCAGCUAAACAGAGCCAAGCUAGCUAGUUCUUGAAUUCUCAUCUGGAAUCAAGCAGGGAAAAUAUCCCGAAA